GAAUAACAGUGCACAGGGUUAUAAGUAAUGUGACCCAAUUAAAUCCGCUUUCUCCUGGUAAACGAUACGCGAGAGCAGCACCCAAAAGCGUUGGUAACAGACUUCCACUGAGAGACCACGGUCGAAGUGCCAACACAAUUAUGGGCAAAAGAACUAAAUCAGAAAAUAAAGAAGAAAAUGUUAGUGAAAUAAAAAAACCUAAUUUAAAUGGGCCUGUUUUAGAUAUUAAACAUGAUUCACCUGAAAACAAAGAAGACUCAGUACAACAAAGAAUUUCGAGUAAUGAAGAAAUAACAUCGAAUACUGAAGAUAAAACUCUGAGGAAAAAGAAGGGUCCCAAAAAACCAAAUAAACCCUUAGCGAAUAAUGUAACACAAAAUAAAAAGAUUAUAUUUAAUGACGACAAUGAAGCUCAGGAAGUGCCUUUAAAAGUUCCUAAGAAAAAAAAUAAAAAAGUUGCAGAACCUCCAGAGGAAGAACCUACAGAAGAAGAUAUAGAUCAAUUUUGUGCCGAAAUUAACGAGGAAGAUAAUGUUGAAUAUGAAAAUUGGGUUAAAUUAAUAGAAGCGAAAUUAUCAUCCAAUAAAAAGAAAACUUAACAAAAAAAAAA